GGGCCAUGAGCGCUCGCUGCCUAGUGAUGAGAUCAAGAUCGACCAGCUCCCGGCUGAGUUUGGGCACAGCUCUCUCCCCGAAAGCGACCGGUGCUUUGGUCGGGUCGAUAUGCGGAGGUAGUUUGGCAGAAAUUCUCGUGUGAGCCAUGUUCUUACAGGCACGGAGAUAGAAUUAAAUUAAACGACUGUCGGCGUUAAAUAACUCAAGACAGCAGGUCGCGAGUGGAGGUGUUGGAGCGGCGGCAGCGGCGGCCGUUUGGAAGCGCUCGUGGUUUGAUUCUGUUACCAUGGCAACUGCAGAGGCCUAGUCCUCCCGGGCCGGCGGCCAAUUAUUUGUUCUCCACCGUUAAAUAAUCGCCCGUCGUCAACAACAAAUCUACUUUGUGUGGCGAAUUUAAAAGUACUGUGGCGUUCAAGGCACUCUCGGAGAUACAAACUAAAGGAUAUCCAUGGACUUAAAGGAAACGGAGGCUGUUGAAGGACAGACCUGGGUGAGAUUUCCAUCAUGCCCUGGACCAGGCAAUUCAACCUCAGUAAUGGGUCAAUUUCUGGAAACAAUAAUCAGGAACUGAGUUAGAAUUCACUUGGCCAAUUGAAGAUUAAUUGGAGGAAACCCACAUGCAACUGUGUUAUAGACCUGAGGCCUGUCUCCAGCUCAAAGAUCAUUUCAACGUUGAAGUUAAAUAUGCCUGCAAAGGACGACAAACCAGAAAUGCUGGACUUAAAAUAUCAAAGGUGGUGGUAGUCGGGGAUCUUUAUGUGGGAAAGACGAGCCUGAUCAAUAGAUUUUGUAAAGAUCUGUUUGACCGAGACUACAAGGCCACAAUUGGGGUUGAUUUUGAAAUUGAGAGGUUUGAAAUUGCUGGAGUUCCAUUCAACCUUCAAAUCUGGGACACAGCUGGGCAGGAGAAGUUCAAGUGCAUUGCCUCUGCCUAUUAUAGAUGUGCUGAAGUCAUUAUAAUAGCCUUUGACCUGGCUGACAUACAGACCCUGGAGCACACAAAGCAGUGGCUAAAGGAUGCAAUGAAAGACAAUGAUCCAGGUUUAAGUUCUAUAUUUCUAGUUGGAUCGAAGAAAGAUUUAUUGUCACAGGCAGAAUGUGAAAGAACAGAAGCUGAUGCCAUUAAAAUAGCUACUGAGAUGCAAGCAGAGUAUUGGUCUGUGUCUUCUAAGACAGGUGAAAAUGUGAGGGAAUUCUUCUUCAGAGUAGCUGCCCUGGCAUUUGAAGCAUCUUUGCUGAAAGAUUUGAAAAAAAAAGACUGUUCCUUAGCGAAGAUUGGCGAGGGAAGCACCAUCUGCAUUGAAAGAGCCACAACUGAACACUUGGAAAACACACCAAACUCCACCACUGGCUGCUGCUGAAGUUUAAUCACCAACCUUUUGUGAAGUUGAAUCACUCACUAUGUGACUUGCAAACUGUGUUGGCAAAUACAGGAUUUCAAGAUGUAAAGAAUAUAUGGACUGCAAUCUGUUAUCAGGUCUGGACGUGCAUUACUUGUGAUUUAUAUAAAUGGAAAAAUACGGGGAUGACUGGAAACUUUAGAAAUCAAAUUGGAUGUUCUGAAAUAAUAAUCCUAGAUGGCCUUUUUGAAAGAAAAAAGUAAGCAAUAGCAUCAAUGUAACUACAUAAUAAAGACAUGCAAGGUAAAUAAUCUAAACAGUAGUCAGCACUAAUAAUCAGUCAUUUACUAAUAUGGAAUAGGGAUUAUUCAGUUACCAGUCCUGCUCAUGUCAAAAGCCUUUUCUAUGUGAUCUGAUGUCUAUAAUAAAUAAGCAUCAUUGAAUUUGUUUAUUUUCUGAAAUAGUAACAAAUUAGCAAAAUAACUGAAGAUUUUCAAAGUUUUGAUGUGUAAUCUUUGUGAAAGUACUGUUACUAAUCUUUGAUAAGGUAGUUCUAAUGGUCAAGACCAAAAAAAUAAAUCUCUGAGAACGGG